UUUGUUAUUAAAAUGAAUCCAAAUACACCCUUCAAUGAACGCUUCCAUAAGAUUCAAGAGAAAUUGAAUUCGAUCCCAUUACAACAUGAUCACUCCAAGGCUCAUCGAAUUGAUACAAUAUGUGGAAGAAUUACAGCAGUUGAAGAGAGAACUCAAGACACAAUCACAUCUUACAAUAGAAAGCUUGUAAGUUUGAUCAAAUAUGAAUCGAUUAGCACUCAUUAAAGGAUGAGAUAGUUCGUUUGUAAAAAUAAAUUGAAGAAGAAAACAAUGCAUUUGAGACUCAAUUUGAACAAAGAGUAAGAGAGAUUGCAGCAUUUGAAAGUCGCAUCACAACCAAAUUGGAAUAAGAAAUAGCAUUGAGAAGAGAUGGAAAUCUAAAAUUACAAGGAUACUUGGAUGAGAAGGUUUCAGAUAAAACUUAAUAUUAUAGGUUGUAUACUUGAAAUCUGAUAUCCAGACUGAAGGCAAAAUCAGAUAAGAAUAAAUAGAGAACAUUACUACAUCCUUAGAGAACGAUCUACCAAAAUUAUAUGACAUGGUGAAAACAGAAGGAGAAGAUAGAGAAGACAGUGACAAUGGUACCUUGAGAAGAGCUGGAGAUGAAAUACGUCGUCUUAAUGAAGGAUUGGCAAAUCAAAAGAAAUUGAGGUAAAUCUUGAUUGUGGAACUAUCUUAGGGAGGAAUCAGAAACUGCCAUCUUUGAGAUGCUCAAGGAUCUGGUAUCAAGAGUAAAGAGUGAAAUAGAAGAGGAGAAGAAACUAAGAGAAGAAUCGCAAGAAUCAUUAUUAGGUUUACUCGAGGAUGCAGCAAAUAAAAUUUACAAGGCAGCCAAAGAUUGAUCAUUCGAUGAAAUAAAAU